UUAUAUUGUAUAUUGUUCAAAUAAUUAAUUUCUGACCUUUGUGCAAAUAUACUUUAUAUGGAAGAGUGCAUUACCGCACCCUGCCGGCGAAGUCUAUGUUUGUGCCAUUGCGCUGCACCGCCUGUGCGACAGGGGGCGGUCUCGUCACACGUGGCUGUUUAUCCCCGAAGAAGACAGGGGUUGUUCGGUUGAGGAAAAUGGCCGACGUAGAGAUGGAUAUCACGGCGAGAAGAAUGAAUAAUUUCAACGAGCACAUAAAACAGGAGAUGGAAAUCCAAGAGAGAAGCGGUAAUGAAGACAGCGGAGAUGUGUCUGAAGAGGACGAGGAAGAAGAGGAGGCCGAGACUAACGGCGAGAAGCCAGAGGAGGGCCCCAAACACCACAGCGGUGGCGGCAAACACAAGAGGAAAAAACACAAACAUCGCAGUAAGCAUAAAAAACACAAGCACGCUUCAGACGAGGACAAGGACCGCAAACGCAAGCAUCGUCACAAACACAGGAAACACAAGCGUAACAAGGAGGGCGCCUCUCCCUCCGCGGGCGCCAUCUUCGCCUCGUCCGGCCACAAAAAAGGCGAAUCGUCUCCUUCCUCGGGGAACCCCAGUCUGGACGACAGGGCCGUGCUGGAGGACCUGGAGAAGCAGAGGGCCAUGAUCAAAGCCGAGCUGGACAGCCAGCUGAUGGAGGGCAAGGUCCAGUCGGGAAUGGGUCUCAUCCUGCAGGGUUAUAACUCCGGAUCGGAAGAAGAUGGAGAUCGGGUGAGAAACGGGGAGCAGCGCCAGAGAGGCGGCUCAGGGAAAGUCAUAUCUCCCCGCAGAGCAGGAAGCGGUAAAGCUCGAAGGGACUCGACAGAGGGCAGUAAGACCACCUCCAAGCGCCACAGUCCAAGCAAGGCCACGGACCGGCCUACUAAGGAGUCCAAGCAGGAUAAAGUGAACAAAAACAGCAAGGACGCCGGCGCUAAAGACAGAGGGCGUGGAAGGAGCACUUCGAAAGAGCGGAAACAUUCGGAAAGCACGGAUCGGUCCAAGGAGAGAAGCAGGAAGUCCGUUUCGCCAUCCGCUUGGAGAGCGGAGCAAAAAAGCAGUCGCCCCGAGAAACGUCCCUCGCCGCAUCGGGACGAGCGGCCAGCCCAGGAAAAAGUCCCGCCGAGACCCAGAUCGCCUGGACGCGACCGAGCGAGUCGCUCGGACGCUGACAAAAGACCCGCCAAGUCUCCGUCCAAGGAUGCGUCGUCCGGGAAGGAGAACCGCUCCCCGCACCGAAGGCCCGCCCCCAGCCCGGCAAGAAAGCGCAGCGCCUCCCCGCGCCACAGAGAUUCCCGGCACGUCUCGGCCGGCGCCACGGACCGCAUGAAGCGGAGCCACUCCCCCGUCCCCAGAGCCAGGUCGCCGCCAAGGAGAGCACGCAGCCGCUCCCCAGACGUGAGGAGGCGGGACCCCGAGAGGCAGGAGUCGCCGCUCAGGAAGCGACUGCGAGCGGAAGGCGGGCCAGGGCGAGAUCGGUCUCGCGACAACAGUCCCAGGUCGUCCUUACGCCGCAGAGUGAGUCGCUCGCCUUUAAGGCGGCGUUCUCCGUCACCACGGCGGCGCUCUCGUUCCUCCCCACGCAGACGCAGCCGGUCGCCACUGAGACACAGGUCCGGGGAGAGAGACCGCUACGGGAGGCUCAGACAGUACCGGCGAUCCAUGUCACGUGAUCGGGAGAGGCGGCGGCGGCGCAGCAAGGACGAAGACAAGUUCAAGGGAAGCCUCUCAGAGGGCAUGAAGGUGGACCAGGAGUCCUCAGAAGAAGACAUGUUGGAUGAUUUUGACGGAGAGGAGAUCGACGAAGAGGCGUUGAUUGAACAACGCCGACAGCAACGCAUGGCUAUCGUACAGAAAUACAAAGUGUUAAACGAGGACAGCAACAUGGUGUCGGAGCCCAGCAGCCCGCAGAGCAGCACACGCAGCCGCUCGCCGUCGCCCGAUGAUAUACUGGAGCGAGUCGCCGCCGACGUCAAGGAGUACGAACGCGAGAACCUCAACACAUUUGAGGCCAACAUCAAGGCCAAGCACAACCUCAUCGCCCAGGAAAAAGACGGGGCCAACCCAAAGAAGCCAUCGGCGCCCGACAUGUUCACAGAGUCGGACGACAUGUUUGCAGCCGACUUUGAUGGUGCUAGAAUGAGAGCAGCAGGAGUCGGGAAGGACUUCAAGGAGAACCCCAACCUCAGGGACAACUGGACGGAUGCUGAGGGCUACUACAGGGUCAAUAUCGGCGAGACGCUGGACAAGCGCUACGAUGUGUACGGGUACACGGGUCAGGGGGUGUUCAGCAACGUGAUCCGAGCCAGAGACACCGCCAGGGCCGGCCAGGAGGUGGCAGUGAAGAUCAUCCGAAACAAUGAGCUCAUGCAGAAAACGGGUUUAAAAGAGCUGGAAUUCCUCAAGAAGCUAAACGACGCCGACCCUGAUGACAAGUUCCACUGCCUGCGUCUCUUCAGACAUUUCUACCACAAGCAGCAUCUCUGUCUGGUCUUUGAGCCACUCAGCAUGAACCUGCGAGAGGUGCUGAAGAAGUACGGCAAAGACGUGGGCCUGCACAUCAAGGCGGUGCGCUCCUACAGCCAGCAGCUCUUCCUGGCCUUAAAGCUCCUCAAGAGAUGCAACAUCCUGCACGCCGACAUCAAGCCCGACAACAUCCUGGUCAACGAGUCCAAGACCAUUCUGAAGCUGUGUGAUUUCGGUUCGGCGUCGCACGUCGCCGACAACGACAUCACGCCGUAUCUAGUCAGCAGGUUCUACAGAGCUCCAGAGAUCAUCAUAGGUAAACCGUACGACUACGGUAUCGAUAUGUGGUCGGUGGGGUGUACGCUCUACGAGCUCUACACGGGAAAAAUCCUCUUCCCGGGAUCCUCCAACAAUCACAUGAUCAAGCUGGCUAUGGACGUGAAGGGCAAGAUGCCGAACAAGAUGAUCCGGAAAGGCCUCUUCAAAGACCAACACUUCGACCAGAACCUCAACUUUCUCUACAUCGAAGUGGACAAAGUAACGGAAAGGGAGAAGGUGACCGUGAUGAGCACCAUCAACCCCACCAAAGACCUGCUCUCCGACAUGAUUGGCGGCCAGCGUCUGCCGGAGGACCAGAGGAAGAAAGUGAUGCAGCUCAAGGACCUGCUGGACGGCACGCUGAUGCUGGACCCGGCCAAGCGCAUCAGCAUCAACCAGGCCCUGCAACACCCCUUCAUCCAGGAGAAGAUCUGACCCCCAAUUUCUCCCAAAAGCCGCCCCUGACCCCGACACCCCUCGACGGAGACCAACCACUAAAAAGCAGCUCUCAUAGGAACCCACAGACUUUCAGAAUGUCAUUUUUUUUCUGUUCUCCAUUUCUUCCUAUGUGGCCACUAAUUGUUUUAUUCUAAAUAUAAAAUGGUAGCCCAUCUUUAAACUGUUUUUUUUUUAAAGGCCAUUGUAAACUUGCAUUGACACAUAAAUACACAUGGUUUAAUUUAAGUGGCAUUGGAGUGUUUCAAAAGGAGGAAAUUGCUGUAAAUACUGUCAACAGCAGUGUUUUUGUUUUUUUUAAUGACAUCUCAUUGUGUGGCGAUGCAUGCUUUCAGAUGUGGUGCUGGCCCGUGUAAAUGUGUCUCUAAGCUCAAUACGGUUUUUUUGUUGUUGUUUUUUUUAAAUUCACCCUCGUCUCUCAGCACUGUCUCCUGGUUUUGACUCCUGAGGCUCACAGAUUUAAGUGCCUCCUGCUUGGCCACGCCCCUCUCCUCCUUAAUGUAUAUAGACCCCUGUUAAUGUCUCCUCCUCAUGGAUGAUGCUUUAGUCCCCCCCCCUCCCUUCCCAUUACCCCUCCAUCCUUCCUAAUAGGCAGUUCAAACCAAUCUUGUGAUUUCAAUGAAGACUACAGUAGUACAGAGAGAGCGAGCACCUUCAGUAUAAGACGACUUUUUAGUAAUAAAAA